AUGGCUCAUUCAUAUAAAUCCGAAUAUCCACCUGGAGUGCAGACAGAUGAUGGCAUCAAAGCCUUCUUCGAGGAGUUUUAUAAGACAAGCGACACCCCAGAUGCUCAUGAAAAAUACGCGGAUUCAUUCACGGGAGAUGCUACCUUGAUUAUGGCAAGCAAGAAGGGAGUUGGAAGAGAAGAGAUCCUCCAAAUCAGAAAAGGUGCCUGGGCAGUAGUUGCUUCAAGAAAGCACACUAUCCACAAGAUAUUCCCAUUUGGCUCUGGUUCUAGCGAAGUCAUGUUGUAUGGUGUUGUUGCAUACACCUUGAAAGAUGGGAGGAAAACAGACGUUGAGUGGGGUGCCAGAGCAAACUUGGUACAAAAUGGAGGGAAGUGGAAGCUGCACUUUUAUCAGGUGUAUCUUGACAGUGCUGCGACACAGAAUGCCAAAUAG